AUGGAUCAGAGAAGAGCAAAGAAGCAGAGCCUUGAAAACAUGCCAGAAGACCUGCGCAUGGUCAUUGUUUCUAAAGUGGGAGCUGACUCCGCAUUGGACUACUUCAACGCGAUCAUAGCGUCCAAAAGCCUCUGCUUCCGUUUUGACAACCGCUUUAUCGCUAGAGAUCUCAACCUCGAGCCGUUGGUCAAGAAACCAGCCCAAGCGAAGAGAUACAGAUCGUUAAUGGACAGCUGUCUCAAAGCCAAUAACGUUCAUGCUCACUUCGUGACAGGUAUGCUUCAGUACUUCGACUCCCCAAAUCAAUUCUUGGGUAUGCAUCACCUCCGCAUAGCAUCAAAGGCUGGUCACCUCCAAGAAAGGUACGUUUAUGGAGUUCUCCUCAUGGCCAUAGGCCAAACUGAAAAAGGAGUACGAAUCAUCAACAAAUUGACCGAUGAGAAGGGUAUUGAAACAGUGAAAAACUGCAUCCAAGAUUUCACGCUCUCUCUGUACCGCCUGGACCGCAACGUGAUGGAUAUCUACGUAACAUCCUUCACCGCGAUGAAGCCAGAUCAUCAGUGCCAACCUCCGGAGAUCAACACAGCAUGCUUGAAAUGUUACCACUUCUUUUUGGAUAUCUAA